AUGCACAUGGCCCUCAGCAGCGUGGAGCACGACGCGGUGGUGAGCGACGCGUCCCUCAACGACGACGAGCGACUGGAGGGACUCAAGAAGCAGGUGAUGGUCAUGAAGAAGACAAAGAAGAAGAAGGAGAAGAUCGAAAAGAAGGAGAAGGAAAAGAAGAAGAAGGAGAAGAAGAAGCGAAAGGAGAAGAAGGCCGAAAGCGAGCGGGUGGCCAGAGAGUUCUCCUCCGCUUCCUCCGCUUCCUCCGCGUCGUCGUCGUCGUCGUCGUCAUCGUCCUCGUCCUCGUCGACUUCUUCUUCUUCUUCGACGCCGUCGACGUCGUCGCUGCUCAAGCACGCGCACCACCUUCACUCCGGCGGACUGCCGCAGCCGACUGCGCACGUCGUCAGCAGCAGCGGCGGCCAAGCUCUCGUGCGCGUGCUGUCGUCGCCGGCGACGUCGAACCCGUCGGAGGAGUUUGAAGGCGUGAAACUCUACGGCGGCAGCGGCGGCUGCGGUGCGCCCAAGGCGGGCUUCUCGCUCAAGUCGUCGGCGAGCUCGGCUGAAAUGCUGAACAUGAUAUCGCGCGAGGGCCUGGCCGCGGCGGCGAGCGCCGGGAACGGCGGCGAACCCGCCGCCGGAGCGAAAAGAGCGAAAGCGGCGGCCGAAAGCGAGAAGGAGAGCGAAAGCGACAGCGAGUCCCACGCACAUCACCAUCAUGGCGGCGCGCAGCAGCAGCAGCAACAACAGCAACAGCAGCAGAAGAGCAACUCGUCGCGUCGGUUGCGGGUCGUGCGCAGCGACGAGGUGCCCGCCGACAUCAUCAGCCGCUCGGCUUCGUCGGCUUCGCCCUCUGCCAAGGCCACCAUUGCCGACGACCAGCAGCCCGCGCCGGCCAGCGACGAGGGCCCCGACGACCAGCAGCAGCCCAAGAAGCAGCACCACACGCGGCUGCUCGAGCGCGAGCGACGCAAGCGGACGGACUCGGUCAAGCGGGUGACGGUCGACUGGGACGACUUUGUGCUCGACGAGGCCGACGAGGAGAACGUCAACAUCCUCUCCAUCGCGCCCUCCAUCUCCUCCUCGGCCUCGUCGCCCGCAGUGCCAACCUCGGCCGCCAAAGAGUCAGCCUCGUCGUCGGGGUCGCCGUCGCUGGUCAAGUCGAUGCCGGCACCCUCGUCGCGCUCGGCCCUGCGACGAUCGCACUCGAGCUCGCCCACCACCGGCCGCCGGGUACACAAGCGGAGCGACAGUGUGGGCAGCCGCGGCAGCAGCGGGAGCGGCAGCAGCGGACGGCGCGGCGCCGGAAGCCACGGCAGCGGCGGGCGGAGACAGGCCGGCGCUGCUGGGGAGUUGGGCCUGGACGACAAUGAAGAUGAAGGUGAGGAAGAAGAGGAGGAGGAAGACAACGACGACAACGACAACGAGGAUGCGGACGACGAGUUCAGCCAGUCGGGCGUGGCGCCGGGCAUGCUCUCGUUCCGUGCGGCCACCUUCGCCAAGAUCAUCGAGAAGCUCGUCCUCUUCGCCGCCAUCAAGCAAGGCACGCCCUUCUUCCCUUUUGACGAGGACAAUUCGCUCGGGAUCGAGGACGACUUUGCGUUCGACUGGAACUCGAUACGGGAGGAGGCCAUCUCGCAGCUCUCGCCGCGCUCCGAGGAGGAGAUGCUCAUGCGCGACCGCGAGGAACAGGAGCGGCGGGCGCGCGAGGACCGCGAACGCGAACGCGAGAACGAGAAGCGCGCUCGGACCCGCGAACGCGACCGCGAGCGGGAGAAGCGCGAGCGCGAGCGCAAGGAGAUGGAGCGGGAGCGGGAGCAGCGCGAGCUCAAGACGCGCCAGGUCCGACGGUUCAACAGCGGCGACCAGCCGCCCGCCAAGCCCUUCGACAUCGAGCCGCCGACUCUUGCCGCCGCUGUCGACAACAAGACACCACGUGGCACUAGUAAUGCCGACAAGCGGCCGUUGUCGCGGUCGGCGGACAGGCGGCCGACGGUGGAGCGGGUCAAGCGGAGCGAGCACCGGCGCGGGAAGAGCGCGGAGGACGCGAUGGCGAUCAGCGAGGCCGAGAUGAAGCUGCUCGCCGACAGCAUGCUCGAGAAGCGGCAGCGGCAGAUCGAGGAGCAUAUGCGCAACGCCAGCCGCAGCGCCGAGACCAAGUCGGGCGGCGGCGGCGGCUUCGGUAGCGGCGGACUGAUGGCAUCGCCGCCCGGCGCGCGGAGGCAUUCCAAGCAGCUGUCGCCCGGGGGCGAGUCCGAAAUGGAAAAGUCGCGCGACAAGCUCAUGUUCGAGCAAGCCAUGGCGAUCAUGCGGCUCGAGGAGGCGGCCCGCAGCGCUUCGAAGAAACCCAGCGGCAAAGGCGGCCGCGACAGGGAAAAGGAAAAGGAAAAGGCCGGGAAAAGCCCUGCGGCCUCGGCUUCGCCGACGUCGUCGUCGCCCACGCAGACGAGCGCCAAGCAGCUGCGCAGCGGCGGCUCCAUACCGACGUCGACCACCACUAGCACCACCGGCGGCGGCGGCGGCGGCAAGAAGGGGGAGCUGAACAGCGGCGGCCUGAGCGUUGGCGCCGGAGCGAAGGAGAGCAGGAACAAGAGCAGUUCGUCGAAGAGCUUCGAUGACUUUGCCGAGCAGAAGCGGAAGGAGGAGCAGCGGAAGGAGCGACAGCAGCAGGAGUCGAGCCUGCGACGAGACCGAAAGCGAAGCCCGGGCGACGAAAAGAACGAAGGAGAAGAAAACGAAGCGAAAGGUGACAAGAAUGAAGCGGAGAAGAAAAAGAAAAAGAAGACGAAGAAAGAGAAGAAGGAGAAGACGAAGAAGAAGAAAGAGAAGACGAAGAAGGUUAAGGACGAAGCCGCGGAUGAGGAGGCCCACUGCUCGGCGCUGUUCGACUGGGACUCGAUCAAGGAGGAGGCCAUGAUUACCCUCCCGCGCAACGGCAGCAAAGCCGACGGCGGCGGCGACUGCGACGACAAGACAUCAUCGUCGGUGGCCCAUCGCACCGGCACGCUCCGGUACAUGCCGGCCGGCAUCAUGCCGCCGCGGCCGCGACCAUCCCUCUCCUCCAGCGUCUCGUUCCCCUCGCCCUCGACCUCGCCGUCGGGUGCGCCGCCCACGUUCGCCUUCGGCCCGGCCUCGUCGCCCACGUCGCCCGAUGGCCCUCAGAAGAAGAAGCGGCCGACGCUCCUCGAGAUCCUGGAUGUCGACCCGGACGCGGACGCCAACGAGACAAGUGUCGACAGCAAGACGAAAGCGAAGACGAAGGCGACGACGGCAGCGGUGCCUCCGAUGAAGCGGAGCACAACGUCGCCGGGCGGGCUCACGCGGGGUGACGUGACUCAAUCGACGCGCGAGAGCGGGAACCGACGGCGGAAGGAAAAUGAAAAGGAAACAAAGAGGGAAAAGGACCAGUCCACGGAGGAGGUCAGCCCGCGCGCCGCGCCCACGCGGCGCCGGAAGGCGGCGCAUCACCACAGCCUCGAGCGCUCGUCGCCGGUGAAGAAUGACAGGAAUGCCAAGCUUGUCGAUAGCGACGAUGACGACGACGUCGACGGCAACGGCGACGCCAUGAUCCGGCGUCACAAGAUCCUGCGGGAGCGGACCAAGAAGGUCAUCAACGAUUCGCGCGACGUCGACAACAGCAGCGGCCCCGUAAGUCGCCAGCCCUACAGCAUCGGCACAUACCUGUCGCCGGGUCCGGAUGUCGACGGUCGACGCGCGCGCCGGCUGCGGAUGGCCAAUGCAACGCCGAUCCGGCGGCGGCCGCCCACGCCCGGCCAUGCCAUCGCCGGCAUCUCGGGCAACGCGCGCGAGCAGCCGACCAUGGUCGAGGCCUUCGUGCUCAGCUACAAGUCCAUCUUCACCCCGCGCGACCUGUGCCAGGCGCUCGUCAAGCGCUACACCACCGCCCCGCCCCGCGCCGCCGACGCCAACAAGAUCCAAGAAGGGGUGGUGAGCGUGUUCGAGCAGUGGAUCAAUCUGCAGGUGAUGGACUUUUACGAGGACAACGAGACGCUGCGCCUCUUCAAGGCGAGUCCGCUCAAGAAGGAGCACCGGGAGGGCCUCCUCAUGCUGCUCGAGCAGAAGCGCAAGCAGCUGCGCCAGGAGCGCUUCCAGGCCCUCGCCGCCUCGACCUCCAUCGCCGCCCAGCCCGUGCGCCAGUCCCUCGAACGCCCGCUUUACCGCGCGUCGCAGAUCUACACGCCGCGGGAGACGCGGGGGGAGCCGACCGGCGCGCCGUGGGACCGGAACGGAGGCCGAGGCCCGACUACCUACCGGCCCGACCCGCGGCGGGCGAGUCGCGACGUGGGCGGCGGGUUCGACCCCAACCACUGGAUGUCCCUCUCCCAGUCGCUCUCGCUCUCCUUCUCGUCCAAGAACCUCAACAACAAGAGCCCGUGGGUGCGCAUCAAGUCGUCCGAGAUGGCCCAGCAGAUGGCGUUGGUGGAGCAUAGGCUUCUUCGCGCCGUACCCAACAAGGAAUGGCUGAAUGUAAAUUGGACGCGCAAGGCCAAGGAGCUCCUGGCGCCCAACAUCCUCGCCCUUUCGUGCCACUUCAACGUCAUGAGCAAUUGGGUGACGUACGAGGUGCUAUCAGAGCCGAGAAACGACGCCCGCGCCAAGCUCAUCCAGAAAUUCGCCCGCAUCGCCGUGAAAUGCCGACAGCUGAACAACUUCAACGGAUUGUUGGAGAUCUUGGCUGGCCUCGGCAAUGUGGCGGUCACCCGCCUCACCAAGACCUGGAAAGAUGUCGAUCCGGAGACGCGGCGGGUGCUCAAGCAAUUGGACGAGCUGAUGUCGCCCACGCACAACCGGCGCAACUACCGCCGGCUCGAAGCCGAGGCCGUGCCUCCCUGCGUGCCCUACCUCGGCGUCUCCCUCGGCGAUCUCUUCUUCAUCGAAGCCAACGAAAUGGAGAUCUCGGGGCUGGUCAACUUUGAGAAGCUGGAGAUGAUCGGGAAGGUGAUCUACACGCUGCUGCUCUUCCAGAACGUGCCCGACGAGGACAGCCUCUACUCCCUCUCGCUCUCCCUCCAGCCACUCGAGGGCGCCUGA